AUGACAAAGAGUUUUUACAUGAUAGAACAAGCUCCUGUGCCAGUUUUACUUGGCUCUUUAGUAAGUCCAGCAGUAGCGGUUGAUGGUUUAGUGACGACGGUAGUUGGAUUCAUUUUUAUUGUUAGAAGACUAUCAAGUUUUGAUUUGGAUACUUUUUUAGAAUUCGAAUUUGUUGAUGAGAAGAAAGUCAUGAAUUUUG